CCCAGCGCUCGCCCGUGGCCACCGGGAGCCCCCGCGACCUCUCGGACAGCGACCCCUCCCAGGAGCUGCUCCCACACCGGGACCGACCCCACCAACCCUUGGGGGAGACCCCCCCCACCUCGGUCAGCGAGUCACUGCCCACCCUCUCCGACUCCGAUGUCCCCCCUGCCACCGAGGAUUGUCCCUCCCUGAUGGCCGACGGGAUGGAAUCCGACGAGGACUCGGAGCGGCCCCCCCGGGGAGCGGCCCCCCGGGCUCGGGACCCUCUGCCAGCCCCCAUGAAGGACCCCUGUCCCCUCCCUGCCCAGCCUGGCAUCUGCAUGGUGGACCCCGAGGCGCUGCCAGCCGAGACCCUCUUGGCCCCCCGCAAGAAGGAGCCCCCCAACCCCUCCAAGCUGAAGAGGACCCUGUCCCGGGGGGGCUCCGCGCCCGCCGCCCCCCGAGCCGACCCCCCCCGCCACCCCAGCCUGGCCCCCAAAGCCAAGGCUCCCUCCAGCUCUGCCCGUGACCUCGGGGACAAAGCCAGGUCGAUGCCGGGGGACAAGAAGGGACCCUCUGGAGGGGACCCCCGACCCCCCGGGACCACCCGUGGUGCCGGAGCUCGGCCACCCACGGGGGCUGGGAGGGCAUCGCCGGCAGGUAGCCGGGCUGCAGCCCCCCCGGGCCCCCCCCUCUACGUGGACCUGGCCUACCUGCCCGGCUCCUGGAGCGCCCGCACCGUGGACGAGGAAUUCUUCCGGCGUGUCCGCUCCCUCUGUUACGUGGUCAGUGGGGAUGAUCACCUCAAGGAAGGGCUCCUCAGGUCCCUGCUGGAUGCCCUGCUGGCUGCCAAGCACCACUGGGGCACUGACACCCAGGUGACCUUGAUCCCCACUUUCGAUUCCCUGGUGAUGCACGAGUGGUACCAGGAGACCCACGAGAGGCAGCAGGAGUUGGGCAUCACGGUGCUGGGCAGCAACAGCACCGUGGCCAUGCAGGAUGAGACCUUCCCUGCCUGCAAGGUGGAGUUCUGAGGGGGGGGGGACACACAGACACAGCACAGAGUGGCAGGGAGGGGGGGGCACACACAUUUCACCCCCACCAUCCCCCUCCUCCUCUCCUCCCCCCCUUCUCCCUCCCUCGGGAAAAGGGGGGGGGGGUCUGCUGGGGUUGGGGGGGUUGUGUCCCCUCUAAAGGGUGGCAGGACCCCCCCCAGACCCCCUCCUCACGCACACCCACACCAGAGCCCCCCCCCUGCUUGCUCUGCACCCACUCACCUCCUGGGGGGGGGUUGGGGACCAGUUGGGGACAGGGUGACCCAGCCCGGGGUGGGGGGGGCAGGAGGUGUCCCCCCCCCCCAUCCUCCUCCAGCAGUGGUGCUGAGCUCUGCUCAAUUUAACAGGGUAAACUUUGGUUGCUUUUCCUGCCCCCCCCUCUCCACCACCCCCCCAGGACCACAGGUGUGUGUGGGGGGGCAAGUCCCCUUCUUGGGGGGUCCUGGGUUACCAGGGAGGGGUCCUGUGGGGCACCAAAUUUGGGGGGGGGCUGCAGCAGCUGCUCCUCCAGCACUGCAGCUAUGGGGUUGGCAUCAUGUGUUUGUGUCCCCCCCCCCAGACACAGCCAGACCCCAUGGACCCCCCCCCAAAUAUCUGUGUGUGUGUGUGUGUCCCAUCUGCUCAGGGGGGGGGAUUUGAGGGGGGGACUGAGACCUGGCAGCUCACUGCUCCCUCCCAGCUGGGGGGGCUGAGCCUGCACCCUGUUUUUAAUGGGGAGGGGGGUUGUGCUGGGGAAGGCAGACCCCCCCCUCACAUUGCCCCCCCCCCUUUCAGUGGUGCUGUGAGGAAUCAAAUGUCUCGUGCAAUUUUUAAGGUGUUUUUUUUUGGAGAGCUGAGAGUGAGGGGGGGGUCGGG